AGCCUAUCGUUUGCCGUGUUCAGUCGAUUUGUUAGUCAUUCAAAACGAAAGAAAAAUGCAGCCAUUUAUUUGGGACGAUCGCAAUUAUCGAUUGAUCGAAGAAGGUGAAAAAUACGACGAGAAAAUUUUCACCGUUGUCCGAAAACUGUUUGUGCGAUACAAUGUGUACACAGCGGAUGCAACAGAGGAAAUUCGCGAUGCGUUCGGAGAUUAUGGUGAUGUGGAAAGUUUUGAAAUACUGAAGCAAAAGGCAUCGCCGCAAAUCGGAAUGAACGUGAAUGAGGAGGGAGUAGCACAUGAGGCGUAUGUGACAUUCAAACAAAGUUUAGACGCUUACAAGACGGUAAUGAGUCGCUUUGUUCGGGGAAAUCUCAUAUAUUUGGUACCUGCUGACACAUGGCAUCAACCAGACUACAAAGACAGUGUACAGUUAAUGGGCUACAUCAGAAGCACUCACAAAUGCGACAAUGCGAUAGCUGACAUGGCAUGUUCUUUUGAAGAAUUGUCAUUGCGAGGCGAUGAAAUGCUGUGCGAUCAGACAGUGAUUGAGUUCGAAUUGGAAUUGAAACCAGGCGUCACAUUGGCCGAAAUGCGCCGCAAUUUACUUUGCCUUAUGCCGAAGGCUAAUCAUUUGAAACUGACACUUUGCGAUGGUUUCGGCAGUGACGCAGAUGCGGAUUGUGUUGACGAAUGCAAUUUUCAUCGUCGAGUAUUGGAAGUCAUCGGCAUGAUUGCGGCGACCGGUCCAAAACUUGAAGAGAUGACCAUCGGUGGGUUCGGGCAGAUUACUGAAAAUAUGCUCAAAUGUCUGGCACCAGCAUUACAACCACUGAACGCACUGGCUAUCUACACGGAUGGUUUCAACGUACUGUUUUUGUUGCACACAUUUUGUCCAAAUUUGGUGACAUUCGAAAUGCUUUCUGAAAUACCGCAAGAUGAUGGAGACGAUACACCAAUUCAAUCGUGGCCUACGCUAACUGAACUGGUACUGUGCAGUGAUAAAUUCAAUGCAGAAAUUGACACUCAGAAUAGCAUGCGAUUGUGUCGUUUCCUUUCGCUGAAUCCACAACUCCGUACAUUGGAUGUGAAUUUCGUAUUGGCGGUCGACAACUCAUUGCUGAAGGUGAUUGCGGACAGCAUUCGAGAGCUCAAGACUCUGGCUUUCAAUCAAGCUGCCUUCGGGGACGUUGAUGUGUACAAUCAUUUAGGUCGAUUGGAACAUUUGGAGUCAAUCAGAAUUACUACAAACAUCUUCAAAACAUGCCAUUUUGGAUCACUUUUUGCCUGCGUCGAACGCUUCAGUAAAAUGAAACGAUUGAAAAUGGCAACUUUACAGCAAAAUUUUACGCCAAACAAUACUGACCCGAUUUUCCUGGAUUAUUUUCCCAUUACUCAUCAUUACAAUUGCGUCUGCCAUGACCGAUACAGUCAAGUUUUAACUUUUGCUGAUCGAACCGAUUCCAUCAGUGUGCCGAAGGACAAACGCACAUUGGCCAUUCUCAUUGGUGUCGCACGAGAACUGAAGAUUGCUGACGAUACACUGGACGCACGCAUUUCCACCCUGUUCGCCGAAACUAAGAUGUUCUAUCCAAACGUUCACAAAACAACCAUCAUCCAAGAGGAUGAUCGAUCUGUGUUUCUUUAUGUCGCCAGUAUGCUUUGAUUCACACCAGGAUUGAGCUAAAAACCAUAAAACUAUCACUUCGAUUCCAGUUCAAUUAAAAUUAGAUUUAAGUUCAUUCAGUUACGAAUUUGAUUUCAAUUUCAUUUCAUAUUUAUUGCGACAAUUGCAUCAUCAUCAUCGUCAUUGGAUUCUCCCUUAAUUGGAUCUCCCUCCCCAUUGGAUCGACCCUUGCUCGAUGUAAACCUUUAGAUGCCUAAUUUGCUAAAUAUGCAUUGAAUUUUAUGAAGUAGGACAAUUUCACAAUUCCUCGGUUCGUUAGAUUUAUCGUUCGUGAAAUUAAGUUGAAAGAAAUGAGCAUUCCAAACAUAACUUUCGUCUGAUCAAAGAUAAAUAAAAAUUUGAUUAGAAACAGAAAGAAAACAUAUUGAAAAAGUAAGAAAACUGAAAAUAAAUCAUAAAUCAAUAAAAUCUUGAGAAAGAAUAAAAUUUUGAAUUCUGUAAAACUUUACAAAGGAAA